UAUAACUUUACGAAAUCUAAUGUAAAAUUCAGUUAAGAGAAAAGAAAAAACAGUAUCUGAUGGUGUGUCACUAACAUCGUAGCAGUUGAGUAGGGGUGUGAAACGCAUGCAACUUUACUCUUCCUUUUUCCACAGGCGUGGAUGCGAACAAAGAUUCUUUCAUUCAUGCACUCUUUCCCCAACUCUCCCACAAUCCCACUUUUGAAUUUUGGAUCGCUUCCAACGGUCACUCUCUACCCUUUUCCCUUUCACAAACCCUACUUUCCUCCUUCUCUGUAAAUGGGUUGGAAUCUCAUCUUCUGGCUCCUCAUUUGUUUCCCUGCCAACAUUGCCCUUCUCGCUUCUACUUUCUACCAGGUUUUGAUUCUGUCGGAUUUGGAGUCUGAUUACGUCAACCCUUUCGACGCUUCGUCUCGGAUUAACUACUUCGUGCUUCCGGAGUUCAUUGGGCAGGGAGCAUUGUGUGUUCUGUGCCUCUUCACUGGCCAUUGGUUCAUGUUUUUGCUCACAGUUCCUGUUACUGUCUACCAUGCCAGACUGUAUAUGAAAAGAGAGCAUCUUAUUGAUGUUACUGAGGUAUUUAGGGUAGUUAAUGCUGAGAAGAAAUUUCGGAUAGUCAAACUUGCUUUAUACUUAACGGUUCUCAUUGUUACUAUCUUCAGGCUUACAUUAAUCGCAGUCUACUAUUUAGGCAUUGAAGACGAUGAUGACCUAGGACACCUUUGGUAACCCACAACUUGUGCAAUGUGGCACUCUGGGUAAGUUGCACCCUAUUUUUGGUUGUUGGGAGAGUUCCCUUUUUGGGGGGGGAACUUGUGACUUUAUCUGUACCAUUACAUUAGGUUUACACUUAGAAUGCAGGUGUUUUCAGAAAUAGAAAUGUUAGGUAUUAACUUGAGUGAAACAUUACAAACUCAUGUAUCAACAUUGUUUGUUACAUCUCUUUUUCACCUGAAAUGGCUUGUCCUACGAAUUAUUUGAGAGGUUAUUUCAACGGUACCAUAUUUUUUAGAUGUUCGCAGUUGAAAGCAUGAAUGCUAAGGUUACGUGGAUGGUACCCAAGAAAUAGGCACGUUUAGUUCAAGAGUCAUAUGGUAUUGCAUGUUAUUUGCACUCCUCUAUUUUAGGUCAAUGUUUUGGAGUAUGUAAUUUGUGUUGUGGUUAAAAGAAACUAACUUCCGAAGUCUGAAGAGGGAAAGAGAAAUAUUUAUCUAUCA